AUGCCAGCCCUUCUCCCAGCUCUCCCAGCUCUUGCAGCUACGAAGGGUUUCAAAAGUCGCCUGGACAGCCGCCGGGACGAGUACCGCCGCUGUCUGGACCGUGGCGUAUUCGAGACCAAAGAGGUCUCGGCCGAGACGGUUGAACUCUUUGGCAAGGCCCAGCUACCUGCCGACACGGAGAUCGACCUCGUGGACUUUAUCGAAGGGGCGAAGGGUGCAUGCGAGCGCGUCAUGAGCGCCAUAUACUCGCAGGAAAUGAUGGACUACGUCGCAGAGAGGACGAGCGCUAGGCCGGCAAUCGCUGACGAGAUGGAGGCCGUCUUCAUGCCGAUGACCUUCCAGCGUGACUUCAUGGACCUGGUGUGGGCAGCUGACCGAGCCGUGCAGAGCGUAGGCGCUCGGAUCUCAGGCUCAAAGCUCAUGCAGAUCGAUAACACGAUCGAUCAAACACGCGAUGAACUGGCGGCACCGGAAUUUGCCAAGUUGCAGAGGCACAAGCGAUUGAAGCGCAUGGUGAAGUGCGUUGAGGAUGAAGGCGAGCAGACUGUGGACGAAGGUGAGAGCACGUUUGUCCUGUGCUUUGAGUCGCUUGCGACGCGCCCCGACGACGUGGACUGGCGAAUCCAGAAGAUGGAGAUGAUACACCCAGAGUAG